AUGACGCUGAACAAACUUCGCCUGCAAUUGAUCUCACAUGCGAAAUCCGAGCCCAUGGAAGCAUGGUUAGAAAAUCUGCCUAGCAAAAGAAAGAAAGAAAAAACUCACCAACAGUUGCGUUCGAGCGAUAGCGGGAUAGGGAAGACGACGUAG